AUGGAUUCCGACAGCAAUCUUCUUCAGACUAUUUGUGUCAGCCAGACAAAGCCAGAGGAUGUCUUCCCUGCUUCUCAAAUGGACAUUCACGACCUAAAUAACACAAUGGGCGAUGCAGGCUCUUCUCCACAAUUGCGAAGUCAGUCACUUUUGAUGGACUGCUAUUCUACCGGCAAUGUCCUUGUACCGAAUGGUGAGGGACCGGACUUCGUUCAGGCUAUGCCCCGGCUCCAGCCCUCAGCAUUUAUGGAGCAUCCUGUGAACGAAUACCAGCCAUGGGCACAAACCCUCUCCUCCUCAAUCGAAUCUUUACCGAAUAGGACAUCCGUCGAAAGCGAAACUCUGGAACCUCCGGCACAGGGCAAGCCUGAGAGACGUAUGCUCGAGUAUAAGCUUCCGCCCAACGACCACAGAGUCAAACCCCUUAUACUAAGCGCCGACGGGUCUCGUCAAUUCCAGUGUCAGUGUCAUGAGCAAGCGGUUCGAGAGCUUAUGCAGGUGAAUUUGCUAGUCUAUCGCACGGAGUCGACCAUUACCAUCGACUCGAUUCUUAGCUGCCAGCGGGUAUUGCAGCAAUUGGCGGAGACUGUUCUCCAGUGCGGUAUCUGCUCUAAGACAAUGGUAAAUCUUCUUAUGGUCGUUGUCGUGAGCAUCGACAGCCUGGUGGGAACGCUCGAAAGAAUCACAUCGGUUGAGAACGGGUUGGUAGAAGGGAUGUUCCACGAGCAGCCAAAUGAUGGCUGGCCCGAGUACUCUCGAGUUUCCAACGGCGGACGACAAAAAGAAGUUGGGAAUCAUUUCAAUCUGCAAGUUGAAGCCUGUCCUUUGCUGGUGGGUGGAUUUUGUGUUCCAUCCGAUGAGAAAGUCUCCUUUGUUCAUCAGGUGUUGCAUGCGAGACUGUCUGGUUUAUUGGGCACUGUUCGUCGCAUCCACUUCUGCACCCAGGAGAUGCUGGCCGUCUCAGCAUCACAAGGCAAGCUAAUCAUGAUCAUGGAGACGGAUCGGAAAUUGCGGUUGGUCAUGAUGAGAAUGAAGAUGCUCACUGGGUAA